UCUCUGGUCCGGCAGAGAUGCAGGGAGCCUGUGAAUAUCCACGUUAUGCGAACGUUGUUCCGUUGACCUCUUGAGCGCACUGAUCUCUACUCAACAUGGAAAUUAUCGUGGCCAAACUCCUUUGUCUCUUCGCCGUGUUCUCUCUCAUGUUGGGAGGGAUUCUGGUCCCAGUGAGAGUGAUGCAGGUGGACUUUGAGAAGGCGCCCAAAUACCGGCGAGCGGUCGCUUUCGGCAAUGCAUUUGGAGGCGGUGUGUUUUUGGCCACCUGCUUCAACGCUCUCAUACCGGCGGUCAGAGAAAAGGUGGGGGAAGUGCUGAAGGAGAUGAACAUCAGCACAGACUACCCUCUGGCCGAGACGAUGAUGAUGCUGGGGUUUUUCCUCACCGUCUUCGUAGAACAGGUUGUUCUGACAUUCCGUAAGGAGAGGCCGUCUUUCAUUGACUUGGAGACGUUUAACGCAGGAGGGGGCUCGGAGGCAGGGAGCGACUCUGAGUAUGACACACCCUUCAUCGCUCCUCCUCGGGGGUCAGCCGGAGGUCACCCACACCACUCGCACCAUCAUAGCCACUUCAGCCCGACGGAGCUGACCCGGGCAGGCCCGCUGCGGCUGGCGAGCCUGGUUCUGGCCCUGUCCGCCCACUCUGUGUUUGAGGGGCUGGCUUUGGGUCUACAGGAGGACGGUGCCAAGCUGGGCAGUCUUUUUCUGGGCGUCUCCAUUCACGAGACUCUGGCCGCAGUGGCACUGGGCGUGAGUGUGGCCAAAGCAGGCUUACCCAUGCGUGAUGCCAGCAAGCUGGGCAUCACUGUUAGCCUAAUGAUACCCAUUGGCAUCGGUGUGGGCAUGGGCAUCGAGACGGCACAGAACCUGGCAGGCAACAUUGCCUCUGUGGUGCUGCAGGGCCUGGCCGCGGGCACCUUCCUCUUCAUCACGUUUUUUGAGAUCCUGUCGCGAGAACUGGAGGACAAACAGGAUCGUCUGUUGAAGGUUCUCUUCCUGGUCCUGGGCUACGGGGUGCUUGCAGGCCUUGUCUUCAUCAAAUGGUGAAAGGAUGGAGAAAUUCACCUGGUUUGAGUGAAACACCUUUGUCUCUUAGCAACCA